AUGACAAGCGAGAAAAACUGGUCUCGUGUCGCUGAAGAGCAGAUGCAACAAAGGAGAUUUCUACCACACGAUCAUCCAUAUCGUAAGAGUAAGACAUUGUUUACAAAGAACAAGAGGGUGUUUGACAGUCCACCUGAAGAAGUAAGUGGCAAAAAGUUGAAGGAACAAUUAAGAGAUUUUGGUGCAGAUAGAACGCCAGACGUGGGUGGAAACGGACAUGAACCGAUUUAUGGUGUAGGGGAAAAUCAUAAUUGGCAUAAGAAGAGUAUCUUCUGGGAUUUGCCCUAUUGGGAGACUCAUUUGUUGCGGCACUGUUUAGAUGUCAUGCAUAUUGAGAAGAACUUUUUCGACAAUUUGAUGAACACCAUCCUUGAUGUCCAAGGCAAGACGAAGGAUAACUUGAAGUCAAGACUGGAUUUGGUUGAUAUUUGUGCUCGUCCUGAACUUCAUGUUGAUGAGCACGGUAAAGGUCUUAUUCCCAUAUAUCGACUGGAUGCAACUGCAAAAGAAGAGUUUUUUGAUUGGAUAACACACAGUGUUAAAUUUCCAGACGGUUAUGCAUCAAGUUUGCGUAAUUGUGUUGACAAAAGUGAAGGGAAGUUUACUGGCUUGAAGAGCCAUGAUUGUCAUGUAAUGAUGCAGCGCCUCCUUCCUUUUGCGUUUUCCGCACUAUUGCCACGAAAUGUCGACGAAGCAAUCGCAGGGAUAAGUGCUUUCUUCCGUGAUUUAUGCUCGAGAUCACUCACAUCAGAUGGUAUUCGCAAUUUGGAAGUUAAAAUACCGGUGAUCCUUUGCAACCUCGAGAAGAUAUUUCCUCCAUCAUUUUUUGAUGUUAUGGAGCAUCUUGCUAUUCAUCUUGCGAGAGAAGCGGCACUCGGUGGUCCCGUGCAGUACAGGUGGAUGUAUUUGUACGAACGGUUUAUGUUUCAUCUGAAGAAGAAGGUCAAGAAUUUAAGCAAGGUGGAGGGAUCAAUAGUGGCUCAGUGCAUCAAUGAGGAAACCUCAAACUUUGCUGAAUACUACUUUCCAUCAGAAGUUCGAACAAAAAGUCGAAGACCUGCACGGCAUGAUGAUAGAGGUGAAAAGGCAACUUAUUAUGUUUAUGUGCCAAACAUGUGUACACAAAUUGGACGACAUAGUGGAAAGUCAACGGAUCGGAUACUUACCGUGGCUGAGCAUGCUCAUUUGCACACAUAUUUGCUUACAAACUGCGAAGACAUUCUUGAAUAUGAGAGUAUUUACUUGGCAGAGAUGCGCUUAAAGUACCCGGAUGCGGCCGAAGAACAACUCGAACAACUCAACCAUUGUUUAGCUAUUGGGCACCCACCUAAAGAUUGGUUACAUGAGAUAGUUUGUGGCCCAAAGUUUGUUGCGAAGUCAUAUCCGAGAUAUUGCACUCGAGGAUAUGCAUUCAGAGUUCUUAAGGAAAAUACUGUAAGGAGAACAGUUGAUUGUGGGGUUUCUUCGUCAUCCGGAGACGAUGUGUACUACGGUAACGUACGCGAGAUUUUGGAAAUUCAGUACCCGGGAAUGAUUGGCAUGAGAUGUAUUGUCUUCAACUGUGAGUGGUACGACAACGUUGUUGGUCGCGGAGUAAGCACUGACGCAUUCGGUGUUACAUCUGUACAUUCGCGACGACGACUAGAUUAUUACAAUCCAUUCAUUCUUGCUUCACAAGCUGACCAGGUUUGUUAUAUUCGUUAUCCGCGGAUUAGGCAAAGGAACGAUCCUUGGAUCGUUGUCAUGUCAAUAAAUCCCAGAAGCCGAGUACAUGGAGUAUUUGAUCCACUACAACAACAAUUAACCGAAGAUGACGGCGAGAUUGGAGAGUUUGACGAAGACAAUUCAGAUUCAUCAUGUUCAUCAUCAGAUAAUUCCUCAGAUGGAGAGUAG